AUGUCUUUCGGUAGGUUUGGAAGGUGGAAUCCCGAACUCGGCCCUAAGAAUGCUGUCCGCUACAAGAAUUUGGAGAACGGCGCGCCGUGGUGUGAAGUGUAUCGCCCGGAGUCGCAUCGCCAUCUCCUAAAGACAGGAUGGAUUGCGGUUGAACAUGGAACUGACGUCGCUCCAGCAAAAAACCUCCGUAGCAGAAUCGGAUCUGCCAGUAGUUCUGUCAUUCCCACCCUCACGAAACCCGUCGUCAAGAAGACCGCUACUCCUUCUUCAUCUGCUAAGGCCAAAGCCGGUCAGUCUUCGGCUAGCAAGGCUUUGGCCGACCCGUCUUCUGCGAAACGAGCCACAUCAAAAGGAGGCGAACCCGAACUGAAGAGAAUUAAAACGGAUGAUCCCUCUCUCGAGACUAUUACCGUCCCGAAGGCAGCGUAUGAAGACCUGUUCACCCGUUGCAGGCGGUUUGAAGAAGACAUGCUCGAGCUGCUCGAUCCUUGCAACAGAAUGAUGUCUGCCGUCCAAGCCAUCGAGGAUAAUUCGAUUGAUUUUGGUCAUGCCUGGAAAGAGUUCAAGCGUGCGGUUGAGAGGCUUCACCCCGAGAUCUAUGGCCCCGAAGCUGUUCGUAUUCACAAUCCGGUACCCGGCGUAUCUCCUGAAUUGUGGGCCGUUUGGACUCCAGAAAUGAAGAAAAGUGCUUGGGAUUUUGAGGACGCAAAGAAUAAGACGGCCGCGGGUUCCGCUAGUCCGGUCGUUGGCUCUAAUAACAAGGGAAAGGGCAAGUCUCCAGCCGUUGUUGUUAGUGAUGACGAAGAAGGUCUUGAGGAACUGGUCGAAGCUGAGGAGCCAGAGGGUUCAGAGGUCGUUGCUGGCGAGGACGAAGAAGAGGCUGUAUCCCCGACCCCAGCCCCUCGUAAGUGA